AUGGGUUUCCGUCUGCCAGCAGUAAUUCCUGCGAAGAAGCUUCUUCGGCGGUCUUUUUCAAAUACAAACAGAGGAGCUUCAUGCAGUCUAGCAGAUGUCCCAAAAGGUUAUUUUGCAGUUUAUGUUGGGGAAAGUGAAAAGCAGCGAUUCGUGGUUCCUAUAUCAUUCCUCAACAAGCCUGCAUUUCAAGACUUGCCAAGUGAGGCUGAAGAAGAAUUCGGAUUCGAUCAUCCAAUGCGUGGUCUAACAAUUCCCUGCAGACAAGAUGCCUUCCUCGAUCUUAUUUCUCACUUGAAUGCAAAUGCUUUGUGA